AUGGUUUCCCUUGAGCCUUUCGGUAAUCUAAAUGUUCAUAGCAGCUCACUAAUGGGUCUUAAGUACUUUGCUUCAAAGGAUAAAUCACCGGUCCCGAAUUUUUUUACAAGACAGCUGAUACUUUCGGUGCUGGUUUCCUCUGCUACUAAAAGAGAAGCUAAAGAUUACUUGGAGAAGUACAAAGAUGGGGCACUAAAAUACUGCAUACUAUAUUUGAGAGAUGUUUCCACCUAUACACAGGACCUGCUGGAUAGUUUUGUAGAUACCGUUGCAACGAUGGAAGCUUUAGGAAUUAGGCUAAUAUUUGUUCUGGAUCCUGACGGUAAUCCCAUGGAAGAGUGCAACCGACUGCAAGAAAAAUUUCUUUUAUGUGGUAUCAAUGCUACACCGGUUUCUGGAUUGUUGUCAAAAAAGCGUGAUGGCUCAGUAUCGUUAAGUUUUAUCCCCCCUUUAGACGUAACACUGAUUAUUCUGCCGUUCAUAUAUAAGGAAGAAUCAGCAAUGUGCGAAGUGGUCACUGAUAAAGCUGAGUUUAUGGGAAAUCUAGUGCAUCAUAUUCCUUAUGAGAUAGACAAGUUUUUUAUUAUAAAUAAAGUCGGCGGAAUACCUUCUAAUGAGAGGAAUAACAACAGCCAUGUCUUUAUAAAUUUAUCUCAGGAAUAUGAAUCAUUGUUGGAAGAAUUAAAUGGAAGAAUUGAGUCGGAGAAUGCGAACAAAUUAAGUGACAACAAUUUCAACGUUCGCGCUGAUAUAGAUAGAUCUUCGCAUGUUGCAUUGAUUGACCAUAUGGAGGAUUUAAAAAUGAUGCACGGGGUUCUGUGCCAGUUAUCGCGUUCCUCAACGGGAGCAAUAACUAGUAUUUGGUCAGCUGUUAAGCGUACUAAUCCGUUGCUGUACAACCUUCUUACAGACAGGGCGUUAAUAUCUCCUUCAUUACCUCGUUUUAAAAGCAGUGAAUUCUUAAACCAGCCUUUCAAAAACAUUGUUAAAAUGCCACAAAAUAAGCUAAAGGAUCCAGCUCUUUCGACUACCAUUCUUAAGAAUGGAAUCAACAUAGAAAUAUUCGAUUUCCAGCUUCUUUCGCCCGAAAAUACAGUUGGGUUACCUCUCAAUAAACAAUAUUCACAAGACUUCUCCGUUGGUGAUUCGAUCUCUAAAAACGCUCGUAAACUUGACAUUAGGAAAGUUAAAAGGCUGAUAGAAAAUACUUUUGAACGCCCAUUAAACUUGAAUCAUUACUUAGACCGCAUUAAUGGCCAUAUUGCCAGCAUUAUAGUCAUUGGUGAUUACGAAGGCAUAGCGAUAUUAACUUAUGAAGGCCCAAAGGAUAGACGCUUUGUAUACCUGGAUAAGUUUGCAAUUAUGCCUCACUUGAGAGGUUCGCUAUGCAUUGCGGACGUGAUAUUUAACCUGAUGUUUAAAAAGUUUCCCAAAGAAGUAUUGUGGAGAAGUAGACGUGAAAAUAUAAUCAAUAAAUGGUACUUUCAACGAAGCACAGGUGUGUUAGACUUAUCGAUAAAUUUGGGAGGGCAAAACCAAAAAUCGAGUUUAUUUAAACUUUUCUAUUAUGGAACCACGGAAGAUAAUACUUUUGAAGACUGUAAACGUUUAGGAGAAUAUGCAAGUUACGUUAGAGACAUUGUUCCUUCAUGGAUCUGA